AUGAUAGAAACAAUUAAUAAUAAUAAUAAUAAUAAUAAUAAUAGUAAUAAUAAUAAUAAUAAUAAUAAUAAUAGUAAUAAUAUUGAUAACUUAACAAAGGGUGAUACCAAAAUUUUAAAUAAUAAAAAAAAAAAUAGCGACAAAGAUAAAGAUAAAAAUAAAUUAACUAAGCCUGCACCACCACCACCAUACAAACUAUUAAUAUUAAAAGAUAAUGAUUUUAUAAAUAUAUUUAGUUCAUUACCAAAGGAUGUAGUAAUUCAACUGUUAAAGUCAAUUAAAAAUAUAUACAACCUAACAGUCGAUCAACAUGUCGAUAAAGUACCAAAAAAGAAACUACUUCACAUUAUUAAAGAGUGUAUAUCGUUUUCUGCAAUUGACGAAUUUAUCAUUUCAUUUCAAGAUGAUUCAAUUGACUCUUUUACAUUGUUCCAAAAAGUUUUAAAAUUAUUAAACAACACAACACUAUUAAAUCAUCCAUAUUUAAUAAACUAUAGUAAUAAUGUAUAUAACAGUGAUAUCAACAAUAACAACAGUAGUAACAAUAAUAAUGAAGAGGAAGACAACGAAGAUAGCGAAAGUGAAUCAUCAACAACCAAAAUAAAUUUAAACAAUUUUUACAAUAGCAAAAAUGUUGACCUAGAUGAACUACACAAAAGAGUAGAAUCUUCAAAUCAAAAAAUAUCUUUUUUUAAUCAUUUAUCAUCAUUAAUAAAGUAUAAAGGCCUAAAUGAUUUUUUCGAAAAGUCAGAUUUAAGUAUUAUUAAAGAUUAUUUAAAAUGUUUAUCAAUGACCAAUAAUCAACUCAAUCAAUUAUAUAAUGACAAUAUUAACAAUAGUAAUAAUGUAAAUAACGAAAGCAAUAUUAAUUUAAAAAAUGAAAUAAUUAAAGAAAUCAAAGAAGAAUUACUUUUAAGAGGUACUGAAUCAUUCCUAAAUAAUUUAACAUCAACAAAUGUCAAAACAAUUGCAGAUAGUUUUAAAUUAAAUAAAAAUGGUAAAAAAGAAUUAAUUAUUGAAGAAAUUAUGUCAUUUAUAUUCCAAGGUGACCCAAGAAAAAAAAAGAAAAAGCUAUCAGGUAAUAGUAGAAAAACUGCCUCAACUAUUUCCCCAUUAAAAAGAAAACAUAACGAAAUCGACGGUGACGAUAAUACAAGUGGUGACGAUAACGAAAUGUACAGUGUAAAUUACGAAGAAGAUGCUGACAACGAAUAUGAAUAUGGUUCAAAUUAUGAUUCUGUUUAUAGCGAUGUUGAAGGUGAGGAUUAUGAAUAUGGCCAAGAAGAAGAAGAGUACGAAGAAUAUGAAGAUGUUGACGAAGAAGAAGAGGAUGAAGAAGAAAUUGAAGAGGGUGAUGAAGAGGUAGAGGAACCAGUUAAAAAAGAAGAACCAAAAGUCUAUAUUAGAACUCGUAGAAAUAUUAAGACAACUGAGAGUGAAAGUGAACAAACAUUACCCACCAAUAAUACACCAAAAAGACAAACAAGAUCAGCUAGAUCAAAUUCAACAACAUCCAUUUCAUCAACAUCAAGCUCCCUAUCAACCACUAUCAAAACCAGAUCAUCAAAUGUAUCAGAAUUAAUAACGACACCCCAAAGACCUGUUCGUUCCACUAGGGGCCAAAGCAGAUAUACUCGAAAUAUGAAAACUGAAGAAGAGGAAAUUGAAGAAGACUACAAUAUUAAAAGAGAGGAAGAAGAUGAUGAACAUGAAGCAGAGGAGGAGGAUGAAGAGGAAGAUGAGGAGGAGGAUGAAGGUGAAGAAGGCGAAGAAGGUGAACAUGAUGAGGAAGAGGAUGGUGUCGAAGGUGAAAAAGGUGAAGAAGGAGAACAUGAAGAGGAUGGUGAAUCUCAAAAAGAUAAACUUUCGUAUAUUGUUAAAGGCAUUACAAAACAAGAGCUUACAGGCUUCUUCCAAUGUGACGAAUUAAAACAAUUUUGUAGAGAAAGAGGUCUCAAAACAUCAGGUAAUAAAAGAGAUAUGGUUAAAAGAAUUUUUGCUUAUUUAGAUAGAGAUAUAAAUAGCUCCGAAAUAAAUAUAGACCAAAAAAAGAGAAAGAAAAAGAAAAAGAAAAGAAGAUAUUAA